CACCAUUCAUCCUCACUUCCAUGUGCAAUUACUAUCCGCUUUCAGUACUGUUUUCAGUUCUCGGGCCACUCAGGUUUCCAUGAUGUCUAUGAUAACCUGCAAGCUCUGUAUGCUUUAAAUGUUCCUUCUUCGGUACAUUUUCGUCUACCCAUUCCCCCUCCAAGAUGGCUCAAGCUCUGACCUUACGUGCCAAUUUUACUGGCUAUGCCUUUGUGAAUACCACUCCAGAUGUAAAGAAUGGCCGAUUGCAUAGCGAGCUACUCAUAGGUACGGAUCUGACUGAUGCUCUUGCCGUCACCUUUGAAGUAUAUGUCGGCAACGCCAUCGUCAGUAGUCCUCACUUGGGUGACUUGCUAUUUGUUCGAGGCAAUCUGAUCUCCCGCGUCGUCAACGAUGAAUUGGUAGCAUCCUCCUCUCUAUCCACAUGCACCGUCCUUCUCACGGGUCAUCCGGAGGAAAACAUGCAUCCUGAUUCGGAGACCAAUGUCAUUUUUGACAUCACCGGAAUCAUUGCUGCCGUCGAAGAUCGCGCGUUCACAUUGACUACUGGAUCCUUUGACUCUGCGACCCGUCGAGUCAUUCAAUUUCCUGUUUCAAUUCUCAUUCCCUCCACACCACGUUGGCAGAACAUCCGCAUUCCCAACAUUGGUGCACCAUUACAAGUAUCGGCUCGAUAUCGAGACACUCACACCAAUGUGCUUCGAUUUGAUCUCGAGGACUUAGGUUAUCUCCGCUCAGCUGGACCUCUGUCCUCGCCUGGCAACACUAAAAAACGCAGCCUGUUUAAUCGACAGACGAAUCCUGACCAGACUGUGGCGGAGCAAUCUGAACCAAGUUCUUCCUCUACUCUCGCUGCUUCACCGGGGGCCCACUCUGAACACACUACGACCACUUCGGACCCCACUGAUUCCUUUGUCAAUCUAUCUUCAUCUACCUUCUCUUCUACCACUGACACUGAGGUUGCUGACUCUGAUGUCCAUCCGGAUUUCAAUAGGCCCCAAAAACGAGCGAAGAAAUAG